CAGGGCCUGCCCGGGACCUGACCUCUGCCUGGCCACAAGGCUCGGCGGGGCCGGGGGAGGAGCCGAUUUCCUCUCGCUUCCCGCUUCCCGCAGGGACGAUAACAAUGAAAGUGAAAAAGAGGUGGGGCGGGGGGCGAGGCCUGGAUUCUUUGGCCCCUUUGCCCUGUGGCCUUGGGCAAGCCCCCUCCCCCAGGCCUCGGCUGCUUUGCUGUUUAGGGGAUCGGGUGUGGCGAUACCGAGGCCCUAGUGUCGGAAGGGGUGGGCAUUUGCAGCCGCCGCCUCGGCUGGGUCUGGAACUUCUCAGACGGCUCUUGUCAGCUCCCAAGCCUCACCAAAUCCAGGCCUGCGGCUUCCUCCUCCCCCAACUUCCCCCAGCUCCCGCCCCCGAAAACCUGCGCUCCUGAAGGGCGCGGCGCCGUCCGCGUCCCCCGAGCCCAAGCGCUUUCUCUGGGGCUCCCCGAACACUGAGCAGAGCGGCUCCCUGCACACUCUGUGAAGCGACCCGAGGAUGCAGCACCGAGGCUUCCUCCUCCUCGCCCUCCUCACCCUGCUGGCGCUCACCUCCGCGGGGGCCAAAAAGAAAGACAAAGUGAAGAAGGGUGGCCCGGGGAGCGAGUGCGCCGAGUGGACCUGGGGGCCCUGCACCCCCAGCAGCAAGGACUGCGGCGUGGGUUUCCGCGAGGGUACCUGUGGGGCCCAGACUCAGCGCAUCCGGUGCAGGGUGCCUUGCAACUGGAAGAAGGAGUUUGGAGCCGACUGCAAGUACAAGUUUGAGAGCUGGGGGGCUUGUGAUGGGGGCACGGGCACCAAAGCCCGCCAAGGCACCCUGAAGAAGGCGCGGUACAAUGCCCAGUGCCAGGAGACCAUCCGCGUGACCAAGCCCUGCACUCCCAAGACCAAAGCCAAGGCCAAAGCCAAGAAAGGGAAGGGAAAGGACUAGCAGCCAGGUCUGGAUGCCAAGGAGCCCGGGGCCAGUGCCCUCCCUCCCACAGGCCCAAGAUCUAACCUACCAGUGCCUUUUGUCUACUCGUUAGCUUUAUCAAUCAUACCCUCAUUCCCUUUCAUCCCUCCACCCCCACCCCCAAGUGUCCCAAAUGGGGCGGGACAGGGGAUAGUGGACAGCUUGAGCCUCCUGCCCGAGAGGGAUGUGAUUCCCGGUACCCCUUUUUGUUCUCCCCCACAAAGAUGCCAUUACUGAGAAAUAAACCGUCGUGGUUUGUUUGUUUUUUUUUUUUUCUUUUCCCAAUAAAAGCUUUUCCUUUAAUAUAUAAAA